UUUUUUCAGGCAAAGCAGGAAAAUUUAUUUGGUGAUAGGUACUGCAGUAAUAUUUAAUUUGAUAUUUCUUGUUCUCUCGGAUAAAGCAGGAAGAUUGAGUUGGAAAACGUUAUUAAAAAUCAAAGAUGAUGUUUAGAGCCCCGCUGUGUCUGACUGCUCUACUUUGUCUGUCGUUGCCUGCCACACGUUCGGACUUCAGCCUUACACUGCUACACACAAACGAUGUCCACGCCAGGAUUGAAGAAACUGACGCGAGAAGCGCCCCUUGUACACCGGAGCAGGCGGCGGGCAAAAAUUGCUUUGGUGGAGUAGCCAGGAUUCGAACCAUGGUAGAAAAGAAAAGAGCCGAACACGUCAACCACACGAUACUUCUGGACGCCGGAGACCAGUUCCAGGGAACUCUGUGGUUCUACCAGUUUGGUGGAAUAGUCAGCGCUCAGUUCAUGAACCUUAUAAGAUACGACGCCAUGGCUGUGGGUAACCACGAAUUUGACAAGGGUGUCGAGGGUCUCGAACCUUUCGCCAAAAACUUGUCAUUUCCUCUGCUGUCAAGUAACAUGAAACUUGACAACACGCCACAGCUGAAAAACAUCAUCAAGAAAUCAACGGUUCUAACGGUCGCCGGGGAACGGAUAGGUGUGGUUGGGUACACCACCCCGGAGACAGCUUAUUCUUCAUCCCCAGGAACUGUUGAGUUCGUGCAGGAACUCGCGGCUGUACAGGCGGAGGUGAACAACUUGACGGCUCAAGGGAUUAACAAGAUUAUCGCCCUUGGUCACUCUGGAUACUCGUUUGAUGUGGAGCUGGGGAAACAGUUGACAAAUGUGGACAUCAUUGUUGGUGGACACACGCAUUCUUUUCUCUAUAAUGGCACCGGCCCAUCCAUAGAAACAAUCGAGGGCGUGUACCCGACUGUUGUAACCUCCAAGACCGGGGACACGGUCCUCGUUGUUCAGGAUUACGCUUAUGGCAAAUAUCUAGGGGAGCUAAAUGUGGUCUUUGAUGACGCUGGGAAAGUCAAAUCAUGGACGGGAAAUCCAAUUUUGUUGAACGGCAGUGUUGCUCAAGAUAAUGAGACGAUGGCACUGAUUAACACCUACCUGCCGCAGGUGAACGCGUUUAAGAAAACCGUCGUAGGUGAGAGCUACGUGUUCUUGAGCACUGACAAGCAGGUGUGUCGGAGAGCAGAGUGUAACAUAGGGAAUGUGAUCACCGAUGCAAUGAUACAACACAACCUGCGUCAUUCAAAUGGUACAUGGAGCGAUGUUGCGAUGGCGAUGGUCAACGGAGGGGGUAUACGCUCUUCAAUUAAUAUAGGUAACAUCACAACAGAGAACGUUAUUUUUGUCCAGCCGUUUAGAAAUGAAGUUGACAUUGUUGAAGUUACCGGACAAACACUUCUUGACGUGUUUGAGUACUGUGCUAGUAAAUGGGUCAACUCUACAGACAGCGGCUUUGGUGGGUUUUUGCAAGUAUCUGGCAUGAGAGUGACGUACAACAUGGAUCGUCCAGUGGGUCAGAGAGUUCACGAACUUCUGGUCACCUGCACACAGUGCGACAUUCCCAGGCUGGAGAACGUCCAAGUAGACAAACACUACAAGAUACUCGCUAUUACCUUUGUAAUUAAGGGUGGCGACGGCUAUACAGUUCUCAAGUCAAACAUCAUCAAUAGAAUUCCUUUAGGAGAUCUAGACACAGACAUCUUGAUCAGCUAUGUGAAAAAGUUCAGCCCAAUAACGACUGGGCUUCAGGAUCGAAUCCGGUUCGUUUCUAAUGAUGUAGACAACUGCAAAACAACGAACGUAGCAAUCAAACAUGUUUACUCGUCUGCAAUUAUUUUGUUUAUGUCAUCCAUCUUAUCCGUUAUGUUGUUGCUUUAAUAUCAUGUGAUAUAUUGCCAUAAACGAUAAACACAUGUUUAUAUCUACUGUUACUGCUAAUGUGCCAUUAUGUUCGAUUAAUGUUGAUGUUAAAUUUUACACUGUUUAUACCUCAUGUCAGAUAGGUUGUAACAUUUCAAAGUCCCACUUUUGAUCAUUUUAAUAUUUAAAUAAAGA